AUGUUAGUAAAUGUUUUUCUGUAUAUUGCACCAUUGUGUUUUACUCUGCAGGGACAACAGAGCCACAGGAUGGUGAUCUUUGCUGCCAUCCUCAUCCUGAUGACGCUCUUCAUCCUGUACAGCUCCAACAAUAACAGCAGCAUCGAUGCUGUCUACGCUUCUUUCCAUGUGGCUACCAACCAUGCCACCAAGACCACAGACCUGAGGAAAUGGACAGGAAAAGACGGCUAUGUGCCAGUUUAUGGGAACAAAAGUAUGACCAUGCACUGUCAUGAGUGUGCACUGGUGACGAGCUCCAGCCACGUCUUGGGUAGUCGAGCGGGAGAUGAGAUUGACCGCACCGAAUGUGUGAUCCGCAUGAAUGACGCCCCUACGACGGGGUAUGAAUCUGACGUCGGGAACCGGACCACUCUGAGGGUCGUAGCCCACUCCAGUGUGUUCAGGGUGGUCCGGAGACCUAAUGAAUUCCUACGACAUACAGACAGCCACCCAGUGAUCAUUUUCUGGGGACCCCCAAACAAGAUUGGGAAAGAUGCCAAAGGAACCCUGUACAGAUUGAUCCAGAGAGUCAGCAUGACCUACAGAGACUUCUCUUGUUUCACUGUCACACCGAGCAAAAUGCGCAGAUUUGACAGCCUGUUCCAAAGAGAGACAGGACGUGACCGACAAAAAUCUCACUCGUGGUUGAGCACAGGUUGGUUCACAAUGGUCAUAGCCAUUGAAAUAUGUGAUAAUAUCAAAGUAUAUGGGAUGGUUCCACCCAAUCACUGUGGAAGAAAAUCUGGAUCCAAGAAGAUGCCAUACCACUACUACAAGCCCAGGGGCGGUGAUGAAUGUGUAACAUACAUCCAGCACGAGAGCAGCCGAAGAGGAAACCACCAUCGCUUUAUUACAGAGAAACAGGUGUUUGCACGCUGGGGAAAGCAGUACAACAUCAGCUUCGCUCAUCCCAAAUGGUAAAAAGCACUUUUCUGAAGACUUUUCUCUGGAGUUAACAGGUGCACAAAUGAGCUUUAUCGGUUGGAUUUCACUGGAACUUCCCCCCGGAUGAGACCUCUUUUAAAAAAAAAAACAGACUAAGUAUGAAUGAUGGAUAUUUUCAGAAACAGAUGAAAAGCCUAAUAUUGGACCACAUCUCGGAAUAGCGGCAUGGGAUUUUUUUUUUGAUUUUUUUUUGAUUUUUUUACAAAAGCUCAGUUUCAACCCUUUUUCCCGAAACCUGGUGUAUAUUCCACACUGACUUGUGUUUUUUGUAAAUAGAAAAUGAAUUUAAAAAGAUUUUUUACAUGUUUAUUUUUUUUUUUGUUAAAUAUUGAAAAAUGCAGUUUCUCAUGUUGAAAGGGGAUCAGCAAUCAUGUCUAAUCAACUAUAACUAAGUGGCCUAUAAAGUACUCUUUAUAGCUAUAGUUUUCUGUUUCAUACACAGGAAUCGUAUUCUGCCAUCACUGCAGCCAUAGCCAGUAUAUCCCUAAUCCAGUGUACAAAUAAUCUAUAUUGGGGCCUUAUGAUACAGUGUAAGAGCACAAGUUCAAGAAACCAUUGACAAUACAUUGUCAGUAUCUUAGCUGGAUGAAUCCAAUUUGUCUACUAUUGUACUAUUUGUACACUUUUCAGCUCUUAACACAAAGCACCCUAACAGUAGCUUGGUAAGUCUGAAUUCGGCACUUUGUAUGUAAAUAAUAAGACAAUCUGACCUAAGAUUUAGUGUCAACUAAAAUAACUAUAAUAUAGUGUUUAUGCUCCUUAGAAAUAAGAGUACCACCAAAUAUUAAUUUAACAAUAUUUCACUGCUCUUAAGUCAACUCUGACAGAAAAAGAAAUGCUACUUUUGUGGUCAUAAUCAGACCUCUUAAAUCACAUGGGAACCCAAUUUAUUAUGGGAAGACCUUUUUAGUUAUAGGUACUAACUGUGCGCUGACUUUCAAACAAAGAUGCAGAAGGUUAAUUUCCAAAAAUGACCAAUAUUCUGAGGCCAGGGCAUAUUAGAGGGUCAAAAAUAAGGGAGCUACUUAUGUACAGUGUAAAAUUCACACGUUUCCUCUCUGAAAGGAGCAAUAUGUUUUCUACAGUAUAGUGCCAGUUGAAAGAUUACUAGUGAACUGUCUGCCUGAAUCUGACCUUAAACCGUUUCACCUCAGUGGUGUCGUGGUGCAUGUGGCUGUAAUUCAGAUCGUGCUCUUGCUGUGAAAUCUCAGUUUGAAGCAGAGAAGCUUCCUAAAUGGUGGCAAGAAUUUUGCAAUUAUCUUUAAGAAUUUGAACUGUCAUCACUGUGCAUGAAAUGCAAUUUUAAGGUCCAGAAGCCUGAGCCUUUUUUCUUUUAAAAUUAGUAAAAAAAAAAAAAAAAUUUUAAAGAAUAUGAAGAUACACAAAUGGUACUGACUGCUGAAAACUAAGUUGCCUGCUAUAUAUACUGAGAUAACAGCCUGAAGUAGAUUUAUGCAACCCAGAUUUUCAGGCGUUCAAUAACCACAGUUUUAGGCAUAUCGGAAUGUGUAUAUAACAGAAUGCAGUACAACAAUGUCAAGUGUUGCUUCAACAGCUAUAACCAACAUGACUGAAUUAAUGCAGGAUUACGAUAAAUGCGAAGAUGUACCAAAAAACUUUAGUCAGUUUAAGUUUGGAACCUGAGACACUGGCAUUCAAAACACAUACAAAAAGUUUGAGAGCUGAAAAGUCUUGUAAUCUUACAAGAAAAGCUUCCAGGUUGAAGAAAGGCAGCAACAUGUUUUGGGUUUUUUGUAAAUGCAAAUGUAUGUUUAAUUGACUGGUUUAGAAACUGAGACUCAGAGGGUUAGUGACAUUUAUUUGUCCAUUCUGCUCUCCACAUGUGUGUGGUUUUUUUUUUGUUUGUUUCUUUGUUUCUUUAAUGAAAAAACAAACGUUUAAGUGCCAGUUCAAGCAUGUGAAUUGUUUUUGUGCUUUAAUAAACAUUUGUUGAGCCAUUUAGAAAGAGAACGAGAGAAUGGAGACUAGGUGACAUCAUUAACAUAUACGUUAUUGACUUCUUGCAGGAGAUAAUGCAAAAAAUUCCAGUUAUGGAUAAUAAACAACA